AUGAAGCGAAGGGUUCGGAAUUCAAGCAUUCCUGGCCUCACGAUUGAACACAAUCCACAAAUGGCUGGCCCCAUGGCUAGCUUGGGCAACCUCGCAGUAUCCCAGCCCUCGUGCCUUCUUCGUGUGACAUGGCAGCUAGGCACUGAAACGGUGCUACAGCUGAACGAUCCUAUGCCAGCAGUGAAAGUCGACGCUUGCCGAAUCGAUCACGCGUCGCACCAACCAGAACGAUGA